AUUAAAUUUUGGCGUUCACAUUUCUUUUUCGUUAACUGUACCUAAUAUUUACUUUUAAUACCUAAAGCUUCAUUUUUAACUGAUUUGUUUUUUAUUUUAGCCCCGAGGACGACGAAACUACGAAAACACUGAAAAAUUAAUAAGAUUAACUAUUAAGUUAAUAGCUUUUAAGAAAAAGAUGGGAAAUUGUAUAUUCUGUAAAAUUAUAAAUGAUAAUGAACAAACCGAACAAUAUGUACAACCAUUUAUAUCAGAAACCCAUAGGAACAGAACACGUGAACAAAACAAAUCACCAACUUCAAAUGAUAAGACGAGCAAUAAAAGGGAACAAAUAAAUAAAUUACCAACUUUAAAAGAUACAACCAGCAAUGAAGCUUCAAAAAACAUUUAUUCAAAAAAUAUAUGCACAAAUAUUAACAAUUUACCUCAAAAAGUCAAACAAACCCCAGAAAUGUUAACAAAAUUUCUGAAUUUAUUGUUUGAUGAAAGACUAUCAACAAAUGCUGUAGAAUUUCAUAAUUCAAAUAAGAUCUACACACUAAGUGAAUUAAAUGAAUAUUGUUUAGAAUACAGAAUGAUAACAAAUUUAUUUACGGAUACUAAUAAACGAUGUUACAGAAUACAGAAAAUUGAAAAAAUUUUUAAUCCUUACCUGUUAUUGCAGUACAGAAUGAAACAUUUGGAAUAUGUAGCCAAGAAAAAAAUAAUGAACGAGAGAAAUAUGUUUCACGGUACUUUAAAGACAAAUAUAGACAACAUAUGUCGAAAUAAUUUUAAUUGGAGGUUGCACGGUAGACAUCUUGGAAUACGAAAUGGCCAAGGAGUGAAUUUUACGUCUGUUGCCUACUUUGCCACACAUUAUUCAGACACAGGAUUUGAUAAAGUGAUGAUAAUUGCCAACGUUUUAGUUGGGAAGAGUUGUCAGGGAUCAGCGGGCGUUUCGGUACCCCCUGGCGAUUGUGACACUACGACAGAUCACCGCCAACCCCCACAAGUGUUUGUCAAAACCGUAAGUAACACAGGGAGAAGCACUAACCAUACUAAUCUGGGAUCAGUCAGCUACCCCAGUGAAGACUCCACGCAAAAUUUUUUUCCAAAAAAAAAGCUUGGAGAAUGGAAACAGAUGGUGACAAAACAGAUCGCCAACAGUCCAGCCAAAUCCGCAUCUGCUGAGAGCAGGGCGAGAAGCAACUCCGAACCAUCGGCUAAACAAAAGCUCGGCGAACUAGAAUUAACCACGAAAAAAGAAAGCUUGGAAAAAGCCAACAGCGCCACAGAAGACCCAAGCAGCAAAGAACCCAAAAGUAAGGAGAACACACUCAAAACUAAAACGGACUCCGAGGCGAGCCGCAAAAGUAAAGAGAAAGACAACAUAUUCUCGAAAGUAAGGAGAAAAAGUAUAGAGAACACUGACGUGUUCGGCGAAAGUAAGGAGAAAGCUGAUUUCUUAAAAACCGGAGACCAAGGCAGAAAAAGUUCGGAGAAUUUAAAUUCUGGAGCAUAUAGCGACAGCACCGAACCGCAAGAAAGUGCUGAGACCACGGACAGCAUAAAAUCAAGUGAUUCAUCCAACGGCAGCUUAGAGAGAAGCGAUAUAAUACGAGGCGAUCCAAAUGAAAGCUUGGAGAAUCUCAUAAAUGAUCUGGAAGGCACGAAUGAGGACUCCAACAGCCCGGAUAAUUUGAACGAAACCGUCCUAGAGAUGGACCAGGAUGAAUCAGGGGACGAAUCCCCAAAAAAACAAAAAAAAAAAUAA